GAAAGGACCACAUAACUCCUGGUGCAGCAAAGAGGUUCUCCUUCUGCAAGGCAUUUGCUGGACUCCUGAAAAAUUAUUUUGAAUAACAUGGCAGAGAAGGAUUUCAUCAGUUGGCAUCUACUGGCUUUAUUUUUUCUUCCAUUUUGCCUGUGUCAAGAUGAAUACAUGGAGGUGAGCAGAAGAUCUUAUAAACCAGUGGCCAAAGUAUUGCAAAGUCACCACCAGACUGGCCAUAAAGGUUCCAGAAGCAGGGAAAUAUUGAAACAGCGGAGUCAACUUAUAGAGUGGACUGUUGAUAAUAGCACUUCUACAGACCAAAAAGUCCUGAGACCAGAGGUAGAUGAUGUAGAACUGACUACCUCAGAUAGAGUCCAGCCCCCACAAACCGGACCGCAGAAUCCAGACUGUAGCUCCUGCUGCCGUGGUGACUUCGGAGUUCGACUCUACCAAGGGCCCCCAGGACCUCCCGGGCCCCCUGGGAUGCCAGGAAACCAUGGAAACAAUGGAAAUAAUGGAGCAACUGGCCAGGAAGGAGCCAAAGGUGAGAAAGGAGACAGAGGAGAUAUGGGACCGAGGGGAGAGCGUGGCCAUCAUGGACCCAAAGGCGAGAAGGGUUAUCCUGGGAUUCCCCCAGAGCUACAGGUUGCAUUCAUGGCUUCCAUGGCUACUCACUUCAGCAACCAGAACAGUGGGAUCAUCUUCAGUAGUGUCGAAACCAACGUUGGGAAUUUUUUUGAUGUCAUGACUGGGAGAUUUGGUGCUCCAGUGAAUGGGGUGUAUUUCUUCACCUUCAAUAUGAUGAAGCAUGAAGAUGUGGAGGAAGUGUACGUGUACCUGAUGCAUAAUGGUAAUACAGUUUUCAGCUUAUAUAGCUAUGAAUCAAAAGGGAAAGCGGACACUUCAGGAAACAGCGCAGUGCUGAAACUUGCCAAGGGAGAUGAAGUUUGGCUGCGAAUGGGGAAUGGAGCCCUCCACGGGGACCAUCAACGCUUCUCUACCUUUGCAGGGUUUCUUCUUUUUGAAACCAAGUAA